GGCUCGUAGGAGCCAUUUUGAAUUGCCGGCUUUUACGCAAUUCGUUUUCUUGGAAUUUCAAUAUUAUUGGGCUCAAAGAUGAGCGCUAAAGUCGAACUGAAGAUUAGUGAUCUAAAAGUUGCCGAUUUAAAGGCAGAAUUAGACAAGAGAGGGCUUGACAAAACAGGUGUCAAGUCGGUAUUGAUUGAAAGAUUGCGAAAUGCUUUAGAAGACGAAGGAGUUGAUCCUGAUGAGCAUGAUUUCGAGCUGAAUAAUGAAUCCACAAAUGCUAAAAGUAAUGCAAAACGAAAAAGCUCUGAUAUUGGUGAAGAGGAAGAAAUGGAAUGCGGUGAGAUCAGUCAAAAAUCUGAGCAGCUAGAUGAUGAUGAUGAAGACGACGAUACCCCGUGUAGUGACGAAGAGAUGGAUGAUUAUAAGCACAAAGAGGAUACUGAAAGUGCUCGCUUUCGAAUGACUGCUCAGGUGAGGCAAGAAAAUUCAAAACCUUCAAAUGACGAUAAUGCUAUGGAAGUUACAUCAUCGGAUGUUUCAAAACUUGAAGAAGCAGAAGUUACCGACGCCAAUCAGAGUGAAACAAAUGCUGAAGAUUCGAAUAGUGCUGAGAAAGGAAGUAAGAGCAAAGUAUUAAAAGUCAUUGGUAAAGAUAAGGUUCAACAGGUAGCUUUGACAGCCCGAACACUUUGGGUUACUGGACUAGCAAGCACUUCUAAAGUUUCUGAUCUGAAGAAUUUGUUCAGUAAGCACGGCAAAGUUACUUCUGCCAAAAUAGUCAGAAGCACUAAGGGAACCCAAAGAAAAUGGUAUGGUUUACUCACAAUGGCUACUAGUAAAGAUGCAUCGAAGUGUAUCCAAAAAUUGCACCGCACUGAAUUUGGUGGCCAUGUUAUAUCCGUUGAAAGAAGGCAAACUGCUCCGAUUGUCAAAAAAUCUGAGGCUUCAAGUGCAAAAAAGCAAGUUUCUAAAGGUGAAGAAGCUACUCCAGGCAAAUCUGAUCAUGACAUUAAAAAAUCUCAAUCAUCUGCUGAUGAUGACAAAAGAAAAGAUUCUUCACAUAUAGAAGCUGAGGAGGACAAGGAUAAAAGUGAUGGCGAAAGGGGAAGUGAGGACAGAGGAUAUCGUAGUUAUGAAGGUAGGUCUUAUUUUAGAGGUCGUUAUGGGAGACCACCCUUCAGGCGUCCUUUUGGAUUUCGUGGUCGUGGUUCUUCUUCCUUUAGAGGGAGAGGGCGAUUCACUGUUGGAUUCAGGCGCCCCUUUGGGCGUCCGCCCUUUGAUCGUCCGGGAUAUAGAUCUUUUUCCCGUGGUUUUCGGUAUGAUUCGUUCAAAAGUAGGGGUAGCAGGAUCAUGCCUCGUGAUUAUAUGCGGGAAAGAGAAAGGCGAGAUGAGGAAAUGUUCCGUCAUAGGGUAAUAGUUCGCAAACAGAAAGAGGAAGCAUAUAGGUUGGAGCGAGAAAAGAAUCAGCUGAGAAUUGAAAGAGAGAUGUUAGAAAGGGAAAAGGCAGAAAUGCUAAAAAUUGAAAGGGCAAAGCAAAGAAUGGAACGGGAGCAAUUGGAAGUCGAGAGGGAAAAAUUGAGAAGGCAGGCACAAAUGGGCAAAAGACCUUUCAGAGGUAGAGGAGGUGGACCUCCACCAAUGUGGGCCGAAAAGAGGCGUGAAGGUCCACCAUAUGAUGGUGAGCCAUCAAGUAGUUUCAGUAAAUUUCCAUACAGUCGUGAGCAUUCAGGGUACAAAAAGCCAGAAUUUUCUCACCAUGAUGAUUUUCGUAGAGAAAAACCAGAUAUACCACCACCACAUCCAAAAUUUGAUCGUGAAGAAAGAAGAGAGGUAACCUACCAUGGUGCCCCUGAACGAAGAGUCUAUUCUUCUCGUAAUGAUUAUAGAGGUCCCCCUCCGGGCCCAAGUUCCUCCGAAAAACAUUUUGUCCCAAGAAGUAAACCGAGAGAAGAUUGGAAAUUCCAUGAACGAAGACCUAUGGAUAAACCUGGAUAUCCCCCAAGAGGUCAUAAGAGAAUGUAUUAUUAGCAUUUAACUUUCACCAUAUUUGAUGUUUGUCAUUUUUCUAACCUUAUUUUAGAUUUUUGUUGCAUUAGAUAAGUUCUAAAUGUGAAUUCAUGAUAUAGCAUCUAAAAUCAUUCGUUUUUGAAGUGACUAUUCAUUAUGGACAACACUUUCAAGUGAAGAAAAAGAAAAGGUUUAGAAUUGUGUGAAAGAGAAAAAAUGCUUGAUCUUGCUUCAUUUUUCAAAUAAUGAUCAUGAUUUCCUUCAAUUCUCAUGUUAUAAAGCUACAUAUUAGAUUUAGUAUGUAAGUAAUGAAAUUGUUCUUUAAAUUCUAAUACUUUUCAAGAGAUUUUUAGUUAUGCUUAUUUAACAGCAGUGAAAAAUAAGAGUCCGAUUAUGUUAUUAGUGUUAAGUUUUGCUGUUUGAUUGUUUAUUGUACAUGUUUCUAUUGAAUUUCAUAUUCGAAUUCAUUUCCAUGCUCGUGUCAUUUGUCCGUUAUUUCAUCAUACUAUGCAAUGUUCUCCAAAAGAUUUUAGCCAAGUAUAAUGUAAAUAAGAUAUAUUUUUUUGAGAAUGGCACAUAUGUGUAUUAUGCUGUUCAUUUUUAUCAGAUCAAACAAGGCUUUUAACUUAAGUCCUUCAAAAAUUAGUUAGAAAAUAUGAGUUUUGCUAAUUUGAAAAACAAUCUGAGAGAACGAUUCAUUGAAAUUAGAAGAACUAUGUAAUCUGCAUAAGUUUGUAACAGAAGAACUGCAAAUUUGGAAACUUGGAAAAUUUAUAUCAUGUAAUUCAAUUGUGCUGUAUUAAAAGGUCAGAGUUUGAUCUUGAUGACACUUUUAUUGUGGUUAAUAAAUUGUCAACUAAAUUGCA